GACCGAGCUACUUUGGUGAGCGGCAUCACCACAAACAAGUCCCUAUCACAGGCGAGUAGGCGGCUCAUACAUUUUCGGCAGAGAAUCCUUGAAAAGUUCUCCACCAUGAAGUCCGCGUUUGAGAUGUUCGCGCAGGAGCACGGUCCGCAUGGUGCCACAAAAGAGCUCUCCAAGAAGGAGUUCUCGCGGUUCCUCUUCCGCCACUUCAACGGUCUCCCAAAGGAG